AAUCAUAAAUCUCGAAGUUGUUAGCCAGUGCAGUCGAUGACCGUACUCGGACGUCUCUCCCUGCAAUAAGUUGUGCACCGGGGUCAGGUUCCCCGCCUUCCUCUCUGCUGUCAGAUCUCUCAUCGCUUUCCCAUGGCGGUGGCCUCCUCCUUGCCGCCGUCAUCACUUGCGCUCUCGCUAGUUUCUGUCGUCGUCCUCCUUUCGACUGCGGAUCUCGCUUUCUCUUUGAUUCCACCGUCAAGCUCGCCCUCGCCCUCGCCGGUUCCAGGAGGUCCGCUCCGAUCGUCUCCCGCACCCUCGCCGGACUCCCCUCCCUCGCCAUCGCCAUCGCCGUCGCCCGAGAACCUUCACUCUCCACUGGUGCCGGCGCUGCCGCCGGAGGUGCCUUCGCCCGCCCCGACCCCAUCCGCGACGCCGUCGCCAGCACCGGUGCCGAGCCACGAGGAGAUCCAGUCCGGGGAGGUCGCCGACCAAGCGGGCCGUGACGGAGAAGGGGGAGGGAUGAGCGGGGAGAAGAAGGCGGGGAUCGCAGUGGGGGUGGUACUGGGGGUGGCGGUGCUCGCGGGCGGUGCUGUGCUGUACAAGAAGCGGCAGGACAACAUCCGGCGGUCCAGGUACGGCUACGCCACCCGCAUGGAGAUGCUUUGAGAUUCACAAGCCAAUCGAUCGGUUGAUGAUAAUGAUGAUGAUCGCGAGGGAUCUCGAUCCACUAAAUCACCAUCAUUGAUUCUAUUGGAUCGGAUUCAUCACAAUCUUACUCUUCGAUCUCUAUACGCUUCUUCUCAUGCCUUUGCUCUCGUUGUAGUGUUUGUCUUGGUUAUACUUUUAGACUUAGAUUGUUUUUAGCAUCUUAUCUAUUAACCAUAUAAUUGUUGGUAAAGAUUGUAUUCGAGAUGAUGAUUAUACAGCAUGAGACCUUCAUAUGAUAAAAAUCUACAUAAUUUAAAAUAUGAUACCAACAAUAAAGUAUAACAAAUUGAACUCAUUCACACUAUAUAACAGAAAAAAACAAACUUAGUAGGUGAAUAAAAAGGGAUGGAGUUAGAGGAGCCACUGUAACUUUCACAUUACCUCCUGAUGUGAAUGAUGAAGUCUUGGCAUAGCCAUGUUUGGUGGGUUCUAUUUAUAUGAUUCAUAUCCAUCAAUAGGUGAUAACUGGUUGUCUCCAUUAUGAAUAGGUAGCUUCAUUUUACGUCAUUCAAAAUCAAAUUUAGUUGGGUGUCAGUUGCAUUAGCCACACCCAUACCAAAAACUAUGCUACAAAUCAGAUCCAUUAAUAGCAGCAUUCUACAACUUGAAAGCAAAUGGGUCAAAGAAGAACAAGUUUUGUGCAUCCCUUUCACAUUAUGUCUGUGUAGUUUCUUAUUAACAUUUUAUAUGUCAGGUGUCCAUGUGAUUUAACUUCAAUACUGAAGAACUUAUGUUGUGCAUAAGUAAGUCUUUAGAAAUCCUUAAUAUAGAACCACAGUAUCUUUUCUUCAAAAUGUAUCUUCAAAACUUGUGUUCUGAUCAACUUAGAAACAAUAAUAUAAUACUAGGGACAUUUUAUCUAUUAAGCAAUCUCAUCAUUUUUUACCUCCCGGCAACAUCUCAAAAAAAAAAA